AUGGGAGACAUGGCGACCUACGCUCUGCCAGAGUCCCACAAGGACAUCAUGCACAAGUCCUUGCCCGAGCUGGAUCCGGAAAUCAAGGCUAUAAUGGACAAGGAAAUCCAGCGUCAAAGAGAAUCUAUUCUGCUCAUUGCCUCCGAGAACAUUACAUCAAGAGCUGUGUAUGAUGCUCUAGGCUCACCCAUGUCGAACAAAUACUCCGAAGGAUACCCGGGUGCCCGUUACUAUGGUGGAAACCAGUUCAUUGAUCAAAUUGAGCUCACAUGUCAAGCAAGAGCCUUGAAGGCAUUCAAUGUGGAUGCAGACAAGUGGGGCGUCAACGUACAGACACUGAGCGGUAGUCCCGCCAAUCUACAGGUCUACCAAGCCAUAAUGCGACCACACGAGAGAUUGAUGGGACUGGAUUUGCCACACGGUGGUCAUUUGAGUCACGGUUAUCAAACACCCGCAAAGAAGAUAUCCGCUGUCUCUACCUACUUCGAAACCUUCCCAUAUCGUGUCAACCCCCAAACCGACCUCAUCGACUACGAAGCCCUCGAAAACAACGCUAUGAUGUACCGACCAAAAGUUCUCGUGGCCGGGACCUCAGCAUACUGUCGCCUGAUUGAUUACAAGAGAAUGCGCGAAAUAGCGGAUCUAUGCGGAGCCUACCUUAUGGUCGACAUGGCCCACAUCAGCGGUCUCAUCUCCGCAGGCGUCAUCCCGUCCCCUUUCGAACACGCCGACAUCGUCACCACCACUACCCACAAAUCCCUCCGUGGGCCACGAGGCGCCAUGAUCUUCUUCCGAAAAGGCGUGCGAAAAGUCGAUGCCAAGACAGGCAAGGAAAUCCUCUACGAUCUCGAAGGACCCAUCAACUUCUCCGUCUUCCCAGGCCAUCAAGGCGGACCACACAAUCACACCAUUACCGCCCUCGCCGUUGCCCUGAAACAAGCCGUCUCGCCUGAGUUCAAAACAUACCAGCAGCAAGUCAUCAAGAACGCUAAGGCGUGCGAAGUUGAGUUCAAGCGCCUCGGGCACAGACUUGUUGCCGAUGGCACAGACAGCCACAUGGUCUUGCUCGACCUCCGACAGCACUCAUUGGAUGGUGCACGUGUUGAGGCUGUGCUUGAACAGGUCAACAUCGCUUGCAACAAGAACUCUAUUCCAGGUGACAAGUCGGCGCUUACGCCUUGCGGUAUCAGAGUCGGUGUGCCCGCCAUGACGACCAGGGGUAUGGGCGAAGAUGACUUCAAGCGGAUAACGGGAUACAUCCACGAGUGCAUCGAGAUCUGCAAGAACGUGCAGAAGGCGCUGCCAAAGGAGGCGAAUAAGUUGAAGGACUUCAAGGCCAAGGUUGCUGGUGGUGAGGUGGGAGAGAUCAAUGAUAUGAAAAAGGAGAUAUCGAUGUGGGCGAGCACGUUCCCCCUGCCCGUUUAA